UUUGCAAAUCUUCGGUUCUUGCCAACAAUAUUAGGGUUUUAGGAUUUGAAUCGUUCUCUUGGCACCGGGUAGUGUUCUUUUGUUGUCUGGCUAUCAGUUAGGGUGCUCAGCGUUCUGUAUAUUCCUUCUCGGAUCAUAGAAGGGUCAAUUUCGGACAGGGAAUGAGAUUUUGUGAUACGUGAUUGCCAAUCUUUGCGAUGUCGGGCCUUCAUUCAUCUAUCGGUGGUUCAGCUUCAAAUCUACCAGAUGGGUCAGGGAGAGCUUUUGCGGCUUCUUACUCCAGUCAAUCUGGGGCGCCCUCUCCCGCUUUCCAUCAUAAUGGCAAUAUUCAGGGACUUCAUAAUAUUCAUGGAAGCUAUAAUAUUGGGAACUUGCCAGGUACACUUGCGUCGAGAAAUUCAAGCAUGAAUAUUCCAUCCCCUGGGGUUCAACAACCUAGUGGAAGUAUUUCUGGUGGAAGAUUUCCUUCAAAUAGUCUACCUGUCGCUCUCUCUCAGUUAUCACAUGGUAACUCUCAUCCACAUUCAGGAGUCACAGGUAGAGGAGGUAUAAAUGUUGUAGGAAACCCUGGAUAUAGUAGUAACCCAAAUGGAGUUGGUGGUUCUAUUCCUGGAAUUCUCCCCACAUCCGCAGCAAUCAGUAACCGGAAUGCUGUUCCAGGGUUAGGAGUAUCGCAACUUAUGGGAAAUGCAGGUGCACGAAUAACAACUUCCAUGGGAAAUAUUGUUGGUGGAGGUAACAUGGGUAGGAGUAUAAGCUCUGGUAGUGGAUUGUCUAUUCCUGGCCUCGCUUCACGGCUAAACUUGGCACCCAACAGUGGAUCAGGAAUAAAUAUCCAGGGACAGAACCGAAUGAUGGGUGGAGUACUUCCACAAGGAUCCCAGGUCAUGUCUAUGAUGGGGAACUCCUAUCAGACUCCCGGUGGCCUACUUUCUCAGAACCAUGUUCAGUCGGUUAACAAUUUGAUGCUCAAUGACCAUUCUAAUGACAGCUCCCUUUUUGAUAUCAACAAUGAUUUUCCUCAGCUCACUAGUCGUCCUGGCUCUGCUGGUGGCGCUCAAGGACAAUUGGGCUCUUUGAGGAAGCAAAGUAUGGGAGUCGCCCCAAUGGUCCAACAAAACCAAGAGUUCAGCAUCCAAAAUGAAGAUUUUCCUGCUCUACCUGGAUACAAAGGUGGUAAUCCUGAUUAUCCGAUGGAUUUGCAUCAAAAAGAACAGCUCCAUGACAAUGCUAUGUCAAUGAUGCAAUCACAACACUUUUCUAUGGGUAGAUCUGCUGGCUUCAACUUGGGGGGAAUAUAUUCAUCUCACCGUCCACAGCAACAACAGCAGCAUGCAUCAUCUACUGGUGUGUUGCAGGGUCUUGGACUAAGACCUGUAAACUCCCCCAAUACAGUUUCCGGUAUUGGGUAUGACCAGCUUAUUCAGCAGUAUCAGCAGCAUCCGAACCAAGCCCAGUUUCGCUUGCAGCAAAUGCCGUCUGCAAAUCAACCAUUUAGAGAUUCUGAGAUGAAAUUGGCAGCGGCAGCGCAGUCAGAAGAUCGUUAUGGCUUGGUUGCCUUGCUAGGCAUAAUAAAAAUGAGUAACCCUGAUUUGUCGUCGCUUGCUCUUGGAAUCGAUCUUACGACUUUAGGAUUAAAUUUGAAUUCGACAGAAAACCUGUAUAAGACAUUUGCCUCCCCCUGGUCUAAUGAACCGGCAAAGAACAACACAGAGGUCACUGUACCAGAGUGUUACUACGCUGUCAAACCUCCGAUCCUUUGGCAAGCAAAUUUCUCAAAAUUCACCGUGGAGACAUUAUUCUACAUAUUUUACAGCAUGCCAAAAGACGAAGCACAACUGUAUGCUGCAAAUGAGCUUCACAACAGAGGUUGGUUCUACCACAAGGAGGUGAAAUUAUGGUUCAUGAGAAUUGGGGAACCACUGGUGAGCACAGCUUCGUACGAAAGAGGAUCUUAUCACUGUUUCGACCCCAACAGCUUUGAAAUAGCCAGAAAGGAAAAUUUUGUUGUCCAUUAUGAGUUACUGGAAAAGAGACCGGUCUUGCCUCAACGUUGACGUCCUAGUUUUGUUUUGUUUGCCUGUUCUCAUAGUCUCUUCCCGUCUUUACAAUGUAAAGCUUCACUUGUUAUGCAGCAGCGGCAGCUCCAUUUGUUUAGAGAAGAAAAAAAAAACAACCAAACCCGCCUUGUAUGUGAUUUUUUUUUUUUUGUUAUCUUCUCCCUUUGAUUUCGAUUUUUUUACCCAAAAUAGAUGAAAAUCCGAGGGAGAUUAUGACAAUGACCAUAAGCCCCCCAAGGUUUGGGGAAGGAACAAUCCCUCUUUCUUUUUAUGUUUUCGAGUCCUAAUGUCGCCUGUACGGUGUUUUGGAUUCUUCUAGUUCGGAAGGAACUGGUGCUUAGAGACCAUGAAACCCAAUAUCAUACUUGA